CGCGGGGACGGUCUCGCGGCUCCUCCGCCACAUAAAGACCCAUCCGGGGAGAGGCAAGAAUGCAGCGUCGGGGUGUCGCUCCAGCGGUGGCUUCGCUGCACUGAUCCCCACGGUGCGGCGCUUCAACCGGCCGGACUGCGAGAAUACACGGCGCGUUUCACGCUUUUGUUCUCCUCGACGCGCAGAAGAAAAGAACGGAGGAAGACGGAGCAAAGCGCCGCAACGCCACAAGUCGGGGAUCGUCGCCGCACAACCGGGAGAGCCCUCCGCCGACACGACCUCCCCCAGAACCGGAGGAACCAUGUCUUCCACCAAGAUGAAGAAGGACAAGGAGAUCAUAGCGGACUAUGAGACCCAAGUGAAAGAGAUCCGAAACCAGCUGGUGGAGCAGUUCAAAUGCUUGGAGCAGCAGUCCGAGUCUCGGAUCCAGCUGCUGCAGGACCUGCAGGAGUUUUUCCGGCGCAAAGCGGAGAUCGAACUGGAAUAUUCCCGCAGCCUGGAGAAACUGGCCGAGAGGUUCUCCUCCAAGAUCCGCAGCUCCAGAGAACACCAGCAGUUCAAGAAGGACCAGCACCUGCUGUCCUCGGUGAACUGCUGGUACCUGGUGCUGAGCCAGAUGCGGCGCGAGAGCCGCGACCACGCCACGCUCAGCGACAUCUACACCAGCAACGUCAUCGUCCGCUUGGCCCAGAUCAGCGAGGACGUCGUCCGCCUCUUCAAGAAGAGCAAGGACAUCGGCAUCCAGAUGCACGAGGAGCUGGUGAAGGUGACGAAUGAACUUUAUACCGUGAUGAAGACGUAUCACAUGUACCACACCGAGAGCAUCAGCGCGGAGAGCAAGCUGAAGGACGCCGAGAAGCAGGAGGAGAAGCAGUUCAGCAAGUCGGGAGACCUCAACGUCCACCUCCUGCGCCACGAGGACCGCCAGCCGCGACGCAGCUCCGUCCGGAAGAUCGAGAAAAUGAAAGAGAAGAGACAAGCCAAGUACUCGGAGAACAAGCUCAAGUGCACCAAGGCCCGGAACGACUACUUGCUGAACCUGGCCGCGACGAACGCAGUGGUGGCGAAGUACUACAUCCACGACGUCUCUGAUAUGAUCGAUUGCUGUGACCUGGGCUACCACGCCAGCUUGGCGCGCACCUUCCGGACCUACCUAUCGGCCGAAUACAACAUGGAGACGUCGCGCCACGAGGGGCUGGACGUCCUGGAGAACGCCGUGGACAACCUGGACUCCCGCAGUGACAAGCACAAGAUCAUGGACAUGCAUAACCAGGUGUUCUGCCCUCCCAUGCGCUUCGAGUACCUGCCGCACAUGGGAGACGAGGUGUGCCAGGUGAGCGCCCAGCAGCCCGUUCAGACUGAACUCCUGAUGCGGUACCAUCAGCUACAGUCCCGCUUAGCCACGUUAAAGAUCGAGAACGAGGAGGUGAGGAAGACCUUGGACGCGACCAUGCAGACGCUGCAGGACAUGCUGAAUGUGGAGGACUUCGACGUGUCGGACGCUUUCCAGCACAGCCGCUCCACUGAGUCCAUCAGGUCCGUGGCCUCUGAGUCCUACAUGAGCAAGCUGAACGUAGCCAAGAGGAGAAGCAACCAACAGGAGACGGAAAUGUUCUACUUUUCGAAAUUCAAGGAGUACCUGAAUGGCAGCAACCUCAUCAUUAAGCUGCAGGCCAAGCACGACUUACUGAAGCAGACGCUGGGUGAAGGGGAAAGAGCUGAAUGUGGAACUACAAGGCCCCCCACCCUCCCCCCUAAGCCACAGAAAAUGCGGAAGGCUCGGCCGCGCUCCAUGUAUAACCAUAAGCUGUUUAACGGCAACAUGGAGACCUUCAUCAAGGACUCGGGUCAACCAAUCCCGCUUGUUGUUGAAAGCUGUAUCAGAUACAUUAAUCUAUAUGGGUUGCAGCAGCAGGGUAUUUUCCGCGUGCCAGGAUCACAGGUGGAGGUCAACGACAUCAAAAACUCAUUUGAGAGGGGUGAAGAUCCCUUGAUUGACGACCAGAAUGAGCACGAUAUCAACUCGGUGGCAGGGGUCCUGAAGCUCUACUUCAGAGGACUGGAGAACCCGCUCUUCCCAAAGGAGCGGUUCCUGGACUUCAUCUCCACCAUCAAGCUGGAGUCUGGAGCUGAGAGAGCCCACCACAUCCAGCAGAUUGUCGUGACUCUUCCUCGAACCGUCAUCAUCGUCAUGCGAUACCUGUUCGCUUUUCUCAAUCAUCUGUCCCAGUACAGCGACGAGAACAUGAUGGAUCCGUACAAUCUGGCCAUCUGCUUCGGCCCGACCUUGAUGCCCAUCCCUGAUAGCCAGGAUCCUGUAGCGUGCCAGGCCCACGUUAACGAGGUCAUAAAGACCAUCAUCAUUCACAACGAAGUCAUCUUCCCCGGCCAGCGCGAGCUCGACGGCCCCAUGUACGAAAAGUGCAUGGCUGGAGGGGAGGAGUACUGCGACAGCCCCCACAGUGAACCAGGAACGAUUGAUGAGGCCGACAAUGGCACUGAACCACACACUAGUGAUGAAGAGGUUGAACAGAUCGAAGCUAUUGCCAAGUUUGACUACGUGGGCCGCAGUCCCAGGGAACUGUCGUUCAAGAAGGGAGCCUCGCUGCUGCUGUACCACCGGGCGUCUGAGGACUGGUGGGAGGGUCGCCACAACGGCGUGGAUGGUCUGAUCCCACAUCAGUACAUAGUGGUGCAAGACAUGGAUGACGCUUUCUCAGAUAAUCUCAGCCAGAAAGCAGACAGUGAGGCGAGCAGCGGACCGCUGCUGGAUGACAAGGGUUCGUCCAAAAACGACGCCCCGUCACCGUGCGAACAGUCGCCCGACUACAACUUCGGAGGAGGCAUGGGGAGGGUGCGCUUACGGUCAGACGGCGCCGCGAUCCCGCGCCGCCGCAGCGGCCCAGACGCCCACAGCCCGAACAGAGGGGCCGACACGCCGCCGCGGGCGGCGGCCUGCCCCAGCAGCCCCCACAAGAUGUCCAUGAGCAAGGCGCGCAUGGAGAGCCCGGAGAAGCGACGACUCGGCACCUUUGGCAGCGCCGGCAGCAUCAACCACCCGGACCGGAAGGCCUACCCCGAGGGCCACCCGCUGAGGCCGGGGCCGGGGGCCACUCGGCACAGCAGCCUCGGGGACCACAAGUCCCUGGAGACGGAGGCUCUGGCUGAGGACAUUGAGAAGACUAUGUCUACAGCCCUCAAUGAGCUACGGGAGCUGGAGCGGCAGAACACCGUCAAGCAGACCCCUGACGUGGUGCUGGACACCCUGGAACCCAUGAAGAACCCGGUCAGCUCCGAGCCCGGCAGCCCCCUGCACACCAUAAUGAUCCGGGACCCGGAUGCAGCCAUGCGCCGCAGCAGCAGCUCCACCUCUGAGAUGAUGACCACCUUCAAACCCGCGCUCUCUGCCAGGCUGGUGGGGGCUCAGCUGCGCCCCCCGCCCAUGAGGCCGCUGCGUCCGCCUCCGACCCAACACCGCUCCAGCAGCUCCAGCUCCUCGGGGGUCGGCAGCCCGGCCGUGACGCCCACGGAGAAGAUGUUUCCAAGUAACAGUGCAGCUGCUGGUUCUAACCUGAAUGCAUCCAGCGACGCCGGGGAUAAGUCUGGUACCAUGUAGCAAAGGUGGAAUGUGUUCGGCGUGAGGGUUGUUGAGGAGAGAGCUUCGGGGAGCGGGUGCUGAUGUGAAUGUGCAGAUACAGAUCUUCUCCUCUCUGUCAUCUGCCUCACCUAAUUUAUAUGUCCAGGAAGCGCCUGUGAUGAGUUAUAUGUUGCCAUGGUGACGAGACGCUGGAGGUGCGGUGGCAUAAAGCUCAGCUCUCUUUGAAACUUGACUCACGGUAAAUAUAUGUAAAAAUGUGCGUGUUUCAGUUAUACCUCAAUUUAAAAACAAAAAAAGGUCACCGUGUUCUCUUUUCAGAGAUGUGUAAAAUGCAAGUGAAACAAUACUUCGGUAUUAGUUUCUACCCAGCAAACACUGUCCAGAGGAUGUUUGUUUGACGCUAGUCUGGACCAGUGUUGACCUUCAGGCUAAAAUACAUCAUUUCCGUCACAGCCCUUGUGGCUGCGCAUACAACGUACUUGAACUUGCCAUGCUUUUCUGUUUGUACUAUAGCUCGGUGGAUGUUGGACAUUAUAGUGACAUUAUGUAAUUCUGCAUGCAAGGUUUGGAGAAGAUAAUGAAAAUAUAGAAGCCUUGCAUCAUCACAAAAAACACGUCUAUGAUAAAACUUUUAGUUUGAAAAAUCCUGACUUUCACGGUGGGAUUUAAAAGCAUCCGGGCAUGAAGACGAUGCCUGACGCCUUGAACGUAACUAAUCAGGACACAAAGCAAAGCAAGCCGUGUAGAACCGUGUGCAGUAGACAGGCCUCAUCUGGUGAGUUCCCUGCUUUUUCCCAUGUCUGAUAGAAAACGAAUGCAACUAAAAUAGAGUUUCUGUGGUAAACUUGUACAUAAUACAUGAGUCAUUUUAAAGUCUUUAUCUUGUACAGGCUAAUGAGGGAAGCUAGGUCGUUGAUCUUGACCUGUGCUAAUCGCGCUGUAGAAGACAGACCGAGCGAUCAAACCCUUUGAUGCGUUGUUGACACACGCGCCCGUUUUCACACAAUUCUCUGAUCUUCAACAUUUAGCUGUUGAUGUUUUGGUGAGAACCCUUCUAACGCCCCCGCCCCCCGUCAGUUCCUGUUUCUAAUUGGCAACGUCACGCUCAUCCAGAGGGACACCAGAGUUUCCUCUUGUCCUGAUGCAUUCAGUUGAUCUGAUGAUGAUGACUACCUGCGCAUCCUUGUUAUCGGCAAGCGCCUGCUCCGUUCUGCAUGUUUUGCGCUGUAAUAUCCGACAUAUUAUGCAACAGCGGAUCUACGGCUGAAUGUGGUGCCUUGCCUUGAUAGAAACCAACAGAGAAUCUUAAAUAAUAUUGGUCUUUUUAAUGAAGCAGGCUUUAAUCUUUGAAAGGGAAUUCCAUUAAUAAAUUCAGCAGCUUGUAGCAAUUAAAGGCAAAAUAAAACAGCAUGUGAACCAUGUGCUGAUUUCAUGGUCACGUCUGCAGCAUUAGAUGCAUUCUGCAGUGUCACCUGCUGUAAAUCAGAAAUUCUUGCUUGUUGCCAAUAUAUCUUAUGCUUUGUUUGUCACAGGCCAAUGUAAACAACACAUAUUUACAGAAUGACUUCAAAUACCCAGAAUAAGGCAAAGCACCAAUCAUGGUCGAACAGUGCUCUUGCGCCCUCUGUUGGUUCCUGUGGGUACUGCUCAUGUUUCAUAGACGCCAUCACCUCAUGUGGGCAUUAUGAGCUGACCUUUAUCUGAUAAUACAAUCAACUGCUUCAUUCAUAUAGUUCCUGUUGUCUGGCUGUCAAAGUAAUUUUACAUAAAAUAUUAUUGAAAUACGAAUAAAGCACACGAUUUAAAAAGUGAAAUUAUCAUAACUAUAUUUAAGUAGACUGUUUUUUUUAAUUUAUAGAUACUUGUGUAAAUGAAGCAGAACAUUCGAGUGCCUUUUGUGCACAACAUCAGUUUUUAUUGAACUUGUAUAUUUACUUUUUUAACUGUUUAAUAUGUUGUCCAUUAGUUCUCUUGAUUCUUGUAAAGUGGUGUUGCUUUUUUAUUGUUACUUUCUAUAGCUACUCAGAUGUCAAACCGUAAGGAACAAAAGGUGUAAAGACUUUUUUUUUUAUUACAGAGGAUUCAUUAUAGACUGCUUGUCCGUGCUUGGGUGAUCUGGAAACUGCUGUACAUGCAAUCUACUGAUUAAAAAAAUCAUCUCAGAGUAUUAGUUAUUAAUCUUCCCUGUGAACUGCCUGUGCUGUGGUUGAGCCAUUUGGAGCCCUCACCUUUCAAGGUAAAUAAUUGCCGUGUGGUUGUUAACAGCAGGACUAAUAUCUCUACAGCGUAAGUAGGGAUUAAGGAGCACUUGGUGCACUCUAAUAUCCUCCACGUGUAACACUUUCCUGGAAUGUAUGAUGAAAUGGAGAACGCCGCUGUCUGCUGACAUUAGCUUAGACCUCAAUAAUACCAUCAGAGUGCAGCAGCAGACUGAGCUCCCAUCAUGUUGUGGGGUCCAGAGUGCAAGUUGCCGUCGUGCUGUUUACCUUCUCUUUAAUUGUUUGUCUAGUGAUGCUGUUUGUUGUUGAGUGUCUGGUUGGUUGAAACCCUGUGAUGUAAUUGACGCCAUACCACUGACUGGAUGUUGAAAUCCCCUGUGUCCUAAUAAAACCACCAUCGCUCCAUGAUCUGAA